AUGGAUUUGAGGAAUCAUAAGUUCUUUAAGGCGAAAAAGCCGAAACUCUCAAGGGCAUCGUCUAUCUCCACACCAAGCCUAGGCCCGUUCGAGGCGGCAGCGGGCAGUGAAAUGGUGUCACGGCGUCGAAUACUUUCGCGUUCUCGCGAUGAUCUGACACAGGCGUUUGCAGCUUCUGUCGAGGAAGAGGAAGAUGUAUGGUACCAAAAAGAUAAACUUUACAAGGAACACAUACAGGAAGUGUUGGAUAAAUGGACACAGAUCGACGAUGAGAUCUGGGCGAAGGUGAUAGUGUUCGAGAGGAAUCGUCGCGUCGCCAAGGCUUACGCUCGAGCACCCGUACUCACUAUCAACGGCUCAGAUGAUGGAUUUGACGGCAUGAGAAUUGGUCUUUGUGGAUUUGAUAACCCACACCGAGAUCAGAAAACAGAGGAAGUCAGAAGGCACAUAGGACAAGGUGUUAAAAUCAAAAUGGACGAUGCUGGUAACAUACUCAUCAGGCGCUACUCCAAAAGUAGCGUGUUUGUGAAGAGUACAGCGGCUACAAGUAACGAAGAGACGGCUAUUGGACAAGACAUAGUCAAACUACCUGGAUAUUCCCUGGAACAGGAAAAAAUAUUUAAGUUAUUUGACAUGAAGAAAUUCCAAUCAAACGUGAACCGUGAACUGCGACGCGCGUACCCUGAUCGCAGGCGGUUAGAGACGCAAUGCCUUAGCGCCAUCGCCUUCGUCAAAUCAGACUCUGACCUUCUCGACUGCCCCAUCUGGGUACUCAUCAUUAACGUCGUGGCUAUGGACAUGCUCAAAUCUAAGCUUCCCCCUGUCUUGUCCCCAGUACAACGACCGAUGGACAUCAAAAACCGGCCUCGCAUUCCCAUCCCCGACGAGGACCCUUACAGUAUCGCCAGUUCGAACAACAACGGAUCGGGAUCCAGCGGUAGCUCAGGGGGCUACGGGCAUAACAAUGGGCAUGGAGUAGUGGCCGCCACCAGGGAGCAGCUUAUGAUGCAAAUGGGACAAAGGAGAGGUGACAAGCCUCCGAAACUGCCACCCAGAGAAAAUGGAUAUCUGCCUGCUGAUAUUCCAAAGCCUGAUUACGAUGACAUCAAUGAAGGUGAAGGACGCAUGCCAUCACAGUUCCCGAGGGGAAAAUCAGAUAAAGGCAAAGACAAUAAAAAAUAUGACGAUCCCUACUACUGCGGUCUACGAGCACGCGUUCCAAACUUCGUGAAGACUAAUGGCGCCAAAGUUCUACCAGCUAUGGCCGAACGACUUACUCUGAAGGAGGCGCCGGUGCCCAGCAAGCGUUACAGCGUUGCCCACGCCCACCCUGGUCCGUUCCCGCCACAUAUGCCACCGUUUGCACAUGCCCCGAUGCCGCCGCAGGCAUUGUGGCACGCACGCUCUUACGAGAGCGGAAUCGACGGAGACCACUAUGAUCCAUACGCGCUGUACGGUCGCCUGCCCAUGCCUGGACGUGGCUUCCCCCCUCCACCAGCACCUCACGCGCGUCAUAUGUUCAUUGGAGAAUGGGACUAG